UACAAAGCAUUUACAGCCGUGCUCACACUUAUAGUUAUGUUGCAAUACAAAAGAAUAACAUAUUUGGUUCAAAGAAAACACUAGACAACGUCAAAACUAUACUGUGGAGUCCUGUUCAAUUUCAGUAUGUUGAAUUCGAAUGUAUUAAUCGAACAUAAAACCUUUUUUGUAAAGUUUUAAAUUAUUUACUAAAUGGUUUCUAAUAUUGAAUACUAUUAUUUUGAGCACAGCUGUAAAUAAAGGCCAGGUGAGAACAGAACAGCUGACCCGCGUUGCCAACCAUUCGAGCUGUUUCAGCGAACAGAUGCUGCGUCGUAGUUGUUGUUUUCGCGUGACGUAACAGCCGGCAACGCAACAACAUGAAACCGAAUUUAUUUAUGGCUCAGAAGUCAAUUGAUUUUAAUUGCCGCUGCCGUAUAAGGUGAAUAAAUGUUAAUUUUGCCCAAAGUGAUGUGCUGGCGACAAAUCGAUAACAACGGCUUUAUGAAAAUUGCCGAUCAUUCAGUUUUAAGCAUUCAACACGUGUGUAGGGUGUAUGGAAAAUUGGAAAACCGACCCACCUUGAUUUCUGUGUAAAUACAUUGCGGGCACUUGGUGGUGAUAAUUUCGGAUCCGCGCAGUGAAGAGAUUAGAUUGAGCCCACGACGACGACGAGACCAUGGCAUGAAACACCAGAUUGCCCGUGAACCUAGGCAAUAUAUUGAGCUUCACCUGUCCAGAAGCAGAAAGCCGGCUAACGGCAUCCGAAUCAACCGCUCUACGUCAGAUCUAGUGGUGUUACGUGUCGUUACGUUACGCAUUACGUCAGUGACCGUUACACAAUUGUAAUAAUGAAGGAGUGGCUAAAGAUUUCCUGCCUGCUGUGCGCCUUCGGCUGCAUCCGCGAGAUCCGUCCGUCGGAGCCCUACGUCACGGAAUAUCUGCUCGGUCCCUGGCGGAAUAUCACAGAGGACCAGCUAACGCAUGAUGUCUACCCAGUGGGCACCUAUUCCUACUUGGUGCAGCUGGUCUUUGUUUUCCUGAUCACAGAUUUCCUCAGGUACAAGCCCCUGAUCAUCAUUAUUGGUGCCACUGGUGUGAUCAUAUGGAGCAUGCUCAUCUGGACCACCAGUCUGCUUUCACUGCAGAUUUUAGAAGUCUUUUACGGCACAUAUAUGGCCGCAGAGGUGGCCUACUAUACGUACAUCUAUGCCAAAGUGGACAAGAAGUACUAUCCCAAGGUAACCUCCCACACCCGAGCGGCUAUGUUUGCCGGCAAGCUGCUUUCCGGGAUCAUAUCGCAGCUGAUGCUCUAUCUGAAGCUGAUGAACUACAGAGAGCUCAACUAUAUAACGCUGGCAACUCAAUUAGUUGCCAUGCUUUGGGCGUUUGGCUUACCCCGAGUGGACAAAAGUCUUUACUUCCAUCGAGAGCAGUUGCCCAUUGCGGAUCAGCAGACCCAGUUGCCCGGAGAAGGCCACAUGGAGGUGGCGGAUCAGCAUCAGGAGGGUACUCCCAGGCAGCCACGAGCAUUGGGUCUCCUGUGGCUUCACUUUCGCAAUGCCUACACCAAUCCGCGAGUCAUUCAGUGGAGUCUGUGGUACGCCAUUGGACUGGCUGGCUAUCUACAGGUUACCUACUACAUGCAGGUUCUGUGGAAAGUAAUUGAGCCGGAGCCUCUGAUAGCCUGGAACGGAGCCGUGGACGCUGUUCUGACAGCUCUGGCCGCACUGUGUGCACUCGCCGCCGGUUAUCUGCACACUGGUCGCCUCAGACCGCGAACUUCGCUGCUGAUCCUGGCCCUUUUGUCCGCCGUCGAGGGCGGCUGUGUGCUGAUCUGCUGCUGGACGGAGGACAUUUUCUGGUCCUAUACGGGCUUUGUGCUCUUCGGUGCCCUAUACGGCUUUACUAUCACGGUGGCCAGUGCUGAGGUGGCCCGAAAUCUGGAAGAGGACAGCUUUGGACUAGUCUUCGGUUUCAAUACUUUGGUGGCCCUCGUUUUCCAAUCGCUCUUAACCAUGAUCCUUGUCACGGAUACAGGCUUUGAGCUCGACCCCGUUGGUCAGUACACGGUCUAUGCUUUUUAUUUCAUUGCCGUGGGCUUGCUCUAUCUGAUAUCCGUGCUGGUUGAGUGGAUCUGGUGCCGCGACAGCGAUAUCGAGAAGCUGGAGAAUUCUUUGGAUUGUUUCCAGAUGCAUUUAGCAAGUACUUAAGGGCACAAAUUUGUUACUUAAGAAAUGCAUGUUCCUAUUGAUGGAAUACCAUUAGAUGGUUUUCCGCGAUGGCUGAUUGUAUUCCCAGAAUACUCAAGUCAUCUAUUUACCUGCAAUCUGUUGCCGAGUUCCAAGUAUUUUGUGCAGAUUUUCAUUAAAAAAACGCACAAUCAGCCUCAAGUGGUGCGGAAUAAAGAUACCGAGUUUUUAUAGAA